AUGUCGGAGCAGUAUAGCCUCAUGUACGCGCCGCGCCAAAAUGCGUUUUGGGGACCCGGCGAUUUCUGCGACCCUCGCCCGCUCUCCUUCGUACCCGGUGAUGAAGCGUUGUCAGAUCUCUACCAUCUCUGCUGCCUGCAGUCCUUCCUCGGAUUCCCCCCUCCCCCGCUGGUUGACGUGAACCCAUACCAGGAAGCCUUCAAAUACCUUCGCAGACUUUACGUCGAAUGUGUGGACAUAGGCCUGGCUCGUUCUCAUGCACUCGUAUUCAAUUCCCGUAUGCAGCCCUGCUUUGCCCAGUUGCUGAGGGCUAGGGAUCCCGUGGCCUUGGUGCUGCUGGCACUGUGGUACGAGCGGGCAGGCCGGUUGAUCUGGUGGAUACGGUAUCGUGCUGUCGUCGAGGGCCCUGCCAUUUGUUCCUAUCUACGGUGUACUGCCGGGCACGACGCGGCGAUGCGGCGGAUUCUCGAGGAGUGGGACUGGCAGUCUCGGCCAGCGAGCUGA